AUGACUGAACAUGGAGCUAAACGCGGAGCCAAACGCGGAGCCGAGGACAGCGAAACAGAUGUCAGCCUUGACUUGGCGUUAUCCUCCGAAGAUGAGGCUAUUGUUGACAGGAAAAGUUACUCAACGUCGGUUGUGUGGCGGUGGUUCGGGUAUCUCCAAAGUGACGUGCAGCAAAUUAAGCCGGUCUGCAAGGACCACACUGCUAAAAUCAUCAGCCAGGGGCUGGAGGAUGCGCUGGAAUCAUGGGGCCUUAGCGAAGACCGACAGGUGUGCAUCACAACAGAUAACGGAGCCAACAUAGUAAAAGCUGUUGCUCUCAAAGGCUGGACGCGGCUGCAGUGUUUCGGUCAUCGGCUGCACUCAGCUAUUGAGGGAAGCAUGAAGGACAAGAGGAUUGAGAGAGCUGUCAGUGUGUCCAAGAAAGUGGUCAGUGCUUUUUCUUACUCAUGGAAAAAGAAAAGGGCUCUAGCAGCUGCCCAAGACGAACUCAAACUGCCGAAGCACAGGCUGAUCACAGAAUCCCCUACCAGGUGGGGGUCUCAUCAUGCCAUGAUCGCAAGGGUACUGGAGCAAGAGAAGGCCAUUGCAAAGGUAUUAUCAGAUGAUCGAAAAAACAGGCACCUGAUUCCGUCAUGGCAGGACAUUGAUGUCUUGGAGUCUGUCCACAAGGCCUUAAAUCCACUUGUUGACUUCACUGACACCCUUUCUGGAGAAGCAUAUGUCAGUGUUUCUUGUGUGAAACCUGUCCUUCAACUCUUCAAUGAAGAGGUCUUAAAGCCAGAAGACACUGACACAGACCCUACCAAGGCCAUAAAGAGUUCAGUCACCAGCUACUUAAAUGGAAAAUUUGAUGCUGCUGCCACUGAUGACCUCCUUUGCAUGGCAACCCUCGUUGAUCCUCGCUUCAAGAUCCACUACAUCCAGGCUGACAAAGUAGAGGCUGUGAGGGCCAACGCUGUCUCUCAAAUGUUGGAUGAAUGGAAGACAUCGCAGUCUAGGCCUGCUACCUCAGCAGAAGCUACAACUUCAGCUACACCAGUGAAAAUACAGAGGAAGACACUUGGCAGCUUUUUCAAAAAGCCCUACUCUGUCUCUACUUCUGGUCAAACAGACCAGCAGGCUGUUGAGGCAGAACUAAACAGCUACCUGCAAGCACCAAAUGCAGACAGUGAAACCAAUCCGUUGACAUAGUGGAAGAUCCACUCCUCAACAUAUCCCAGAGUUAGCCUCCUGGCAAGGCGGUACCUCUGUAUUCCUGCCACCAGCUCACUCUCAGAGAGGGCUUUUAGCACUGGGGGCAAUAUUGUGUCCUGCCACAGGGCAGCUUUAAAGCCAGAUGCUGUAGACAGGCUAGUCUUUCUGGCAAAAAACCUAGGCCAAAGUCCUAAAUAAUGUGCACUAGAUUCAGCAUGUAUAAUGUUUACAAGUAUUGCACUUUUUAUUCAGGUGGUUUGUAACAUGGUAAAACUAGCUCAUCUGUGUUGUUAUUAAAGAUGAUGCACAUUUGAAAGUAGCAAUGAUGUUAACAGAGUAUGUAGCAUCAUAACUUAAAAAUGUUAAUGUUUACAUUCCAAGGUUUCCUCAUUAUCCCCAAGGGGACAGUUUGUUUAUUUUCUAUCUUGUAUACCUCCAAAAAUACUCAGGACUGUAAGGUAGCGCACUUUUGGUGUUAUAUUUUUCUACAUUUGUUGCACUGUUGUUUGCUUUGUUAUUUACUUCGUUUCUUAAUAAAAUGUUGAACUAACCUCUAGUUUCUUUAGUUUUAAAUACAGAUACUUUA